GAGUUUCUGAAGACAACAAGCACCAUGAGGACGAGGUUAGCGACAUGGACAAGGCUACUGAGCCUGGCCCUGUCACUAACGGCAGUUGCUGCCAAAAAGGACGCGCCUGCCAUCGAGGAAACCGCCUUCAAAUCGCUUCCCGCCAACAUCUUCUACUUCGACGAUAGCGACACUGUGCUGGUCACUGACAUCAAGCCUGGCAUUGUUUACCGCUCCACCGACGCUGGUGUAAGCUGGAAAGCCAUCAAGGAUAUCACCGAGGGCAAGAUUGGACAAGUCUUUCCGCAUCCAUACGACUCCAAGGCAGCCAUUGCUAUUGGUCAAGACAAGACGCACUGGAUCACAAAGGACAGGGGUGACUCCUGGUCCGAGUUCAAGACCAAGUAUGAAGUUGCCAAUGGGCGCGCUCUGAGCUUCCAUGCAGACGACCCGGACCGCAUCAUCAUCAGCACCCUCGACUGCCAUGGCUCCGUCUGGGGCGACUGCACUCCCAAGUACCCUUCUAAUGCAGUCACANNGGCUUACUACACGCUCAACGGCUUCAAAGACAUCGAACUGCUCCACGACAAGGCUGUCUCGUGUCUCUGGGCCAAAUCCAACGACCUCUUCACCACCAGCGACGACAAGCUCGACAAAGACCAGGUUCUCUGUGUUGUUGAGGGCAAAUACUCGACAUGGCAAAAGGACAAUCGCCUCCUGAUGUCCAACGAUUUCUUCGACAAGUCCGAAUUCGAGCCUACCAUGUCUGAAGGUCGCACCGUCCCUGGCGUCGUCAAUGUUGCUGCUGUCAAGGGUUACAUUGCUGUUGCCGCAAAAUCUGAAGGAACCACUGAACUUGCCAUGUAUGUUACCGACGACGCAAAGACAUGGCACCGCGCAGAGUUCGGCAGCCACAAGCUUGAGGAAAACGCAUACACGCUGUUGGAGUCGACAAACUACAGCAUUCAGGUCGAUCUCAUGACGUCCAGUAUAUCUUCACCCAUGGGCGCUCUCUUCACCAGCAACUCCAACGGUACCUAUUUCACCAAGAACAUCGAGCACACGAACCGCAACAUGCAAGGAUAUGUCGACUUCGAAAAGAUUCAAAGCAUCCAGGGCAUCGUUCUUGUCAACGUUGUUGAUAACUGGGAAGAGUUGGAAAAGGAUUUCAUGGCCGACAAGAAAAUUAAGUCAAAGAUCAGUUUUGACGAUGGAAGAGUUUGGCAUGACAUGAAGGUCAACAAGGACGACCUUCACCUCCACUCAGUCACCGAUCAACGCAACAUUGGACGCGUUUUCACCAGUCCUGCUCCCGGUAUUGUCAUGGGCGUCGGAAACACUGGCAAACACCUCAAGACUUAUGAAGAAGGCGACACUUUUGUCUCGGACGAUGCCGGUCUCACAUGGCGUCUCGCUCUGGAGGGUCCUCACCUCUACGAAAUGGGCGAUCAGGGUGCAAUCCUUGUUGCAGUCGAAGAUACCGACACAAGAAAGAUCAGGUGGAGCAUCGAUCACGGAAAGAAGUGGGAGUCUUUCGAACUGAAGGACAAGAUCAGACCAAUCGUCCUCCUGACAGUUCCCGAUUCCACAAGCCUCAAGUUUAUCCUCGUAGCCUCCAAGGGCAGUGGUGGCAAGCUGGAGCAUUUCACAUAUUCUCUGGACUUCAACGAGCUUCACGAGGACAAGUGCAAGGACUCCGACUUCGAGAAGUGGGCCGCACGAGUUGACGAAGACGGCAAGCCAAGCUGUUUGAUGGGUCACAAGCAAUUCUUCCGCAGACGCAAGGCCGACGCCGAUUGUUUUGUUGAUGUCGAGUUCAAGGAUCCUCAGCCUAAGUACGAAAAUUGCAAGUGCUCUGAUGCUGACUACGAGUGCGACUACAACUUUGAGAGAUCUGAAGAUGGCAAGGAAUGUGUACCUGCUGGAGUUCUCAAAGCUCCUGAAGGCGCCUGCAAGGAUGGCGAAGAAGAGUACGAGGGUAGCUCAGGCUAUCGCUUGAUUCCAGGCAACACCUGCGACAAGGAAGACGGUGUCGAGAAAGACAAGCCUGUCAAGCGACCUUGCAAGGAUACCACUAAGCCUCCAGCAUCCGGGAAGAUCUCUCACGAGAUCAACAAGUUCAAGGGCGCCAAAUUUGCCGAAUACUAUUAUCUCGAGAGAGCUGCUUCUGCUUCUGGAGAUGACGAAACAAUCAUCAUGCGUACCGAUAGACGCGAGGUGUUCAUCUCUCACGAUGGUGGUAAGAAAUGGGAUCAGGCACUACCCGAUGAAGAGAUCGUGUCUGUCUACCCUCACCAGUACAACCAGGACACUGUCUAUAUGAUCACUCCAUCCAAGAAGGUCUUCUACUCGAAGAACCGUGGCAAGAACAUUCACCAUUUCAAUGCCCCAGAGGAACCCAAUCAGGACCGUGUUCAGAUUUUGAGCUUCCACCCGACCCAGAAGGACUGGCUCAUCUGGACGGGUGGCAAGGAUACNAAGGGCUUCGGCACCGAUUGUCACUCUGUUGCCCAUGUCACCAAGAAAAAUGGUGAGGACUGGGAUGCAUUACUCCGCUUUGUUCGCAAAUGUCAGUUUGUUGCCAGGGAAGAUCGCAAUGGUAGCGACAGCAUGGUCUUCUGCGAGCAGUAUCAGGACGAAGACCCGUCUAAGCCCCUGCAACUGAUCUCCAGUGAUGACUGGUUCGAGCACAAGGAGGUUCAUUUCGAAGAUGUUAUCAGCUUUGCCACCAUGUCCGAGUUUAUGGUUGUCGCCCUCAGAGACAAGGAUGGAAAGGACCUACGUGUGGACACCAGCAUUGACGGCAGAACCUUCGCUAACGCCCAGUUCCCCAAGAACUUCAAGGUUCCUCAUCAGCAGGCUUACACUGUUCUUGACAGCUCAACCCAUGCCAUUUUCCUCCACGUUACCGUUAACAACAGAGAAGGUCAGGAAUAUGGAUCUAUCGUCAAGUCCAACAGUAAUGGUACCUCAUAUGUUAUGAGCAUUGGAGCAGUCAACCGCAACACCCCUGGAUAUGUCGACUUUGAGAAGAUGCAAGGACUUGAGGGUGUCAUUGUCGUCAAUGUUGUUUCCAACGUUGGGGAAGUCGAUGGCGGCGCUUCCAAGAAGCUCAAGACCAUGAUCACUCAUAACGAUGGUGCAGAAUGGGGCCUCGUCUCUCCUCCCAAGAAGGACUCUGACAACAAAGACUUCGAUUGUAGUGGUGACUUGGAGAAAUGCUCUCUUCAUCUCCAUGGUUACACCGAGCGCAAGGAUCCUCGCGACACUUAUUCCUCGCCAUCUGCCGUUGGCUUGAUGAUGGCUGUAGGUAAUGUCGGACCCAGCCUUGGUCCUUACAAGGAGGGUAAUACUUUCAUCACCCGUGACGGUGGUGUUGAGUGGUACGAAGUCUUCAAGGGAACUUACAUGUGGGAAUACGGCGACCAAGGUUCCAUCAUUGUCAUAGUCCAAGAGGCAACGCCCGUCGACACUGUCUACUACACUACCAACGAGGGCAAGAAGUGGACCGCAUACCAGUUCAGCGACUCAAAAGUCCUCGUUGAGAAGAUCUCCACUGUUCCCACUGAUACAUCCCGCAACUUCAUCCUUUGGGGUAAAGAUGGAGGCUCCUCAGGCGGUCUUGUCACAGUCAAUCUCGAUUUCUCUGGCCUUACAGAUCGUCUAUGCAAACUCGACGAAGACACACCGGAUUCAGAAGAAAGCGACUACUACCUCUGGGAGCCCAAGCACCCUCUUUCUGACUCGAACUGCCUCUUCGGUCAUAUUGCGCAGUACCAUCGCAAGAUUCCUGACAACGAAUGUUACAAUGGUCCCGCCAUCCAGCGUCUCCACGGCAUUUCUCAAAACUGCACUUGCACUCGUCAAGACUUUGAAUGCGACUACAACUACGAACGUCAAAACGAUGGUUCAUGUGCUCUUGUCCCUGGUCUUGAGCCCAUCAAUCCUCUGGAGUACUGCGCUGCAAAUCCUGAUCUGGAUGAGUACUACGCACCUAGCGGAUACCGCCGUAUUCCACUCACUACCUGUGCCGGCGGCAAAGAAUUCGACAAGAUCUCCGAGCCUUACCCUUGUCCUGGCCACGACAAGCAAUUUGAGAAGAAACAUGGAAUUAGUGGAGCUGGUAUCUUCUUCGCCAUUUUCAUUCCUAUCGCUGCCGCUGCGGGUGUAGGAUACUGGGUCUACCGCAACUAUGAUGGCCAGUUUGGUCGCAUCCAACUUGGCGACACCGGAAUGAUGGGCAAUGGCAAUGGAGCCUUUGACUCGGAACAGCCUUGGAUCAAGUACCCUGUUGCCGCUCUUUCUGCUGUUGUAGCCGUCCUCGCCGCUAUUCCUAUGGUCGUCGGAGGACUUUUCCGCAUGGCCAGCCAGCGAUUCGGACGUGGCGGCUCUGGUGGAGGCUACUCAAGACCGUACACCAGUCGUAGCAGCUUCUCAAGAGGUAGAGGCGAUUACUCUCAUGUUGAUGCUGACGAGGGCGAGCUGCUUGGUGAUGAGAGCGACGAGGAGGUAUAG